AUGGGACGGCAAGGGGCACCGGAAAGACGAGAGUUAUGGUGUUUGGUGAAUCAUUUUCAUGCUUUCGGAGUUGUGGUGUUCUAUUGUUGUGAUGUAAGAAGGAAGAGCCAUUCGUGGAAGCCAUAUGUAGCUGCCACUGAUAUGUGGGAUGAGAGUCAAGCCUAUCAAGGUGCAUUUUGGUUGUGGAACACACAUAACAGAACAAGGAACAAUAGGCGGCUGACAUUGGCUGAUUUCAUUGAUCAUCCAGAUUGUGGAGACUGUUUUAAAACCAGUUAUCCUCCUAAUACUUAUAUGGAUCUGUUGAAUUCUCAACAGGAUUCUCAGCCUAAUCAGUAUACCACCCCACUCCCUUCUCAACCUGUCGACUACAUCCCCACAUUCUCUUCUCAGCCUGUCCAAAUUAGCACACCAUCUGUCACUGAAGACUGUAUUGACCUUAGUGUCGACGAGAAUGAAGAAGAAGCCGGUAGAGGAAGUAGGACAAGGUGGAGUACCGAGGAGGAUAUUACUCUCAUUAGUGCCUGGUUAAAUACCAGCAAAGACCCGGUUGUUAGUAAUUUGCAAAAGUUUGGUUCCUUCUGGAAGAGAAUUGCCGAGUACUUCCAAGCAAGUGAGAAGGCAUCGAGUACACAUACUAGAGGGUCGUCGCAAUGUAAGGCUAGGUGGAGCAAGAUAAACCACCAAGUGAACAAAUUUGUUGGGUGUUACACACAAGCCAGUGCAAGAAGGAAGAGUGGAGAAUCUGAAGAUGAUGUUAUGUCUAUGGCAUGUCAGCUUUACAAGAAUGAUAUGGGUAAGCCAUUUGUUCUAGGGCAUUACUGGAGGGCACUCAAGCAUGAUCAGAAAUGGAUCUCGGAGGAUUCAAACAAGAAGGCUAAGCUUGAUUCAGACGGAGCAUACGUUUCGACUUCAACAAAUGAUGGCGCUGAACAGAGGCCUCCGGGUGUUAAAGCUUCGAAGAAGAAAGGUAAGCAACCGGUAGUUAGUAAUGAUGGUGAGGAUGUCUCUACGAGAAAACUGGAUAAGAUUAUAGCCAUGAAGGAUAAGGAACAAGAGGCAAAAGAUAGGCAAGGCAAAAUGAGAUUGCUUGAGAGUCUCCUUAACAAGCCUGACCUUACACAAGCUCAAGUCACACUCAGAGACAAGCUAACUGACCAACUGUUGUCAAACACUUAG